GAUAGAGAAGAAGAAGAGAAAACUUGGUCUCUUCCUCCGAGCCUGCGAGGAGAAAAUAGGGUCGCAAAUCUCUCCCGCUACGUCGCUACCUGGCUGAUUGAAUCUCGAUCGGAGGAAUCAGUAGCCGAGGACUUUCAUUUUGUCACCAACCAGCAAAUGUUAGUCUUUGAGCAGCGAAGGAGGUCUCCUAUACAUCAGCGCCCUGGACAAGCAAUAAAUAUCACCAACGUAGUAGUUGAUUUCAAAGGUUCCAGAUGAAAGAGGGGAAGAAAUUCCUAUAGCUAACCAUUCAGUGGUAGUGCCCGGUGACACAUCUGAAAGUACAGGUCAAGAACUAAGAGAAAUGUAUAGAGAUUCAAAUGAAAAUCCUAGUCAGUUAGAAUGUGGAGAUGAAAGGCAUUCUGGGAGAUCAAGGAAAAGGGUAUCUGCUUUGAGAUCACCAAUAACCAGCAGUAGAGUAUUGUGCUCAAAAGCACAAGAAAAGCCUAAAUCUUCAGAAACAACAAAUGCUUCAGCAGCUGAAAAUUCCAACAAAAGAAAAGAAAAGAAAAACGAGGAAAAGAAAGCGGAGGAAACAGAUCACUGCAAAUGAAUCAUUGGGGAUGAAAUUCCGACUAAAGUAUUUACUGAGGCGAAUACAAUAUAAACAGAGCAUAAUUGAUGCUUACUCUGGUGAAGGCUGGAAAGGUCAAAGCUUAAAAAAAAUAAAACCUGAGAAGAAGCUUCAACGUGCAAAAUCUGGGAUUUUUCAUUACAAGCUGAAAGUUAGAGAGUUAUUUUCACGCAUAGACACAUCACUUUCUCAGGGGCAGUUACCAGAAUCAUUGUUUGACUCAGAGGGGCGGAUUUAUAGUGAAGAUGUAGGUGAUAGUAUUCAGGAAGCACAGAUGCGGCAAAAUACAGGCACACAAAGCAC